ACAGCAGAUUAUGAGUUGGUUUAUCCAUUUGUACAAAGUUAUAACAUGCUGUACAGACGAUGGCAAAAAUGAUUGAGUUCUAAGAAACGGUGCUCUCUACAAAACAGAAGUGCUACAAAGAAUUUGUAAAAUUAUUAAGUGUUUUUUUUUUGUUGUUGUUGCUGUUGUGAUUUUUUUCAUGGGCCAAAAGUGAUUCAUAGAGGAAAAUACACACUUCAGGAAUGUCAUGUUAUGAUAAGCUACAACCUGUAGUAUUAUCUACAGCUUGUUUUGCAUAAUAGUGGCCUGAGCUAUUCACUAUUGGAAAGCCAGAAUCCAGUUUGGCAGGGUCCUGUUAACUGGGUUUAAGGUUUUCCUCGUUCGAUUUCAAUCUCAGGCUGUGAUUCAACGUCUACCUCAGGUAUGUUUCCUUUGAAAGUGCAUGUUAAAAUGCGUUUGAGUGGUCUGUAAUUUUACACGUAGCUGCAUUUAGCGACGGUUAUGCUUCCAGUGUCAUCGAUACCGGUCGUUUACUGUCGAGGCGGUUAUAUUCGCCUUCGACGCUGCGCUCGUCAAAUAAGCUAAUGCGGCAAGAAAAAAAAAUGCAGAACACGUAACAAACAAACAAACCUUAAAUUCUUUAGCAAUUUUGCGUUACACGUAUUAAUUUAUUCGUUCAAUUCGCCCAAAAAUGUAAAUAGUUUUGUUCCGAACCUGUGUUACUUUUGUUCUGAGGAACACUAAAUAUAGAUUGGUAGACGUUUUGAAAAAUGGCACGGAGACGUUAUUUCGAAACGCCUUCAUGUUCAGGAUAUCAAUAUUUUUGUUGAAUUCUGCUUCUACAAAAAAUUCAGUGUAUGCCUUGGAUAUUUAGAUAUGUCUCUCAGAAAACAAGUCUAAACCUCUGUAUUCAUUUUCAGAGCCAUGGGGGCUAUAUAUGACAUAGAGGUGACCACAGGAUCCAUGGCCCAUGCAGGCACCUUUGAUAAUAUAUUCAUUACUUUGGUUGGCACACAAGGAGUGAGUGAGCGGACCAAGCUUGACAGCUAUGGAAGAGAUUUUAAAAUUGGAAUGAAAGUGAAGUAUAAAGUGAUUACCAGGUCCACUCUCGCCAACCUGCUGCUCGUCAGACUCGAGAAAAAUAAUUUCAUGUUCUUGCCAGAGAACGACUGGUUCUGCUGUCUGGUAAAUGUAAAAACCCCAGAGAAAGAUGUGAUCCAUUUCCCAUGCUAUCGCUGGAUGGCAGAAGGAGAAGUGAUUGAGCUGCGAGAGGCCAAUGCUACAAAAAUCAAUGAAGAAAAAUAUUCACAACUGAUAGAGCACAGAAAAAAUGAGCUGAAGCUCAACAAACAAGUGUACCAGUGGACUGAGUUUAAAACAGGUCUUCCACAGCAUGCAUGUUUUCAGGAGCCCCUGUCUCUUCCUUCAGCGGUCCUCUUCUCUUUCACUAAACACAUGGACUCAGCUUUCAGCUUCUCCACUGCGCUGGGUGAGAUCAAAAUGAAGAAACUGGUGAAAAAUCCUGAUCAGUGGGUUAAAAUGGAAGACAUGAAGAGUGCGUUUUGGUCAUCUAGAACUAUUGUCUCUGAAUAUGUGCAGCUGCACUGGAUGGAUGAUGAUUUUUUUGGAUAUCAGCUCCUAAAUGGCUCCAAUCCGAGGAUGGUCCAUCGAUGCACUGAGCUUCCUCUGAACUUUGCUGUUACUGAUGCUAUGGUGCAACCUUUUCUUGAGAGUGGAACGUCACUUACUCUGGAAAUGAAGCAAGGGAACAUUUUCUUAUGUGACUAUAAAAGACUGGCAGAUUUACAGACUCAGUUGACCAAUGGGAGGCAGCAGUAUGUCGCGGCUCCACUCUGCCUUCUGUACAAAAACCAAGUGGGCAAACUUCUGCCUAUUGCCAUUCAGUUGCAGCAACAGCCAUCAGAAGACAAUCCAGUUUUCCUGCCUAGCGAUUCUGAGUAUGACUGGCAGCUCGCCAAACUCUAUGUGAGAAAUGCUGACUGUCUUGAGCAUCAAGCCUCUUUCUAUCUGUGCACCUCUCUGGCUGAGACUUUUACAGUGUCAUUAAUGAGAAACCUCCCGGCAGCUCACCCCAUACACAAGUUGCUGGUGCCACACACACGUUAUACCCUACAGAUAAACACCCUCAUUCGGAAUAGACUUCUCAGUCCUGAGGGCGCCGUCACUCAGAAUACUAGUAUUGGAGAUGAAGGGAUGACCAAGCUCAUGAAGAAGGUGCUUUCAGAGCUCACCUACUGCUCUCUCUGCUUGCCUGAAGACAUCAGUGACCGUGGACUGGAAUCUGUUCCUAACUUCUUCUACAGAGACGAUGGUCUUCAGCUCUGGAGUAUCAUAAAGGAUUUUGUAAGAAGCAUGGUGGAGAUUUAUUACCAGAGUGACAGUGAUGUGCAGCAGGACACUGAACUUCAGGACUGGAUCAAGGAGAUCUUCACCCACGGGUUUCUUGAGCAGAGCAGCACAGGAAUACCUCAGUGUUUUAGCACAGUGGAGGAGGUCAUUCAAUUUGUGACAAUGGUGAUCUUUACAGUUUCAGCGCAACAUUCGGCUCUCAGAGCAGGACAGUUUGACUAUGGAAGUUGGUUUCCCAACGCCCCUGGCUCUUUAAAAAGACCCCCUCCUACAACUAAGGGAAGCUCAGACAAAAACACCCUGCUGGACACUCUCCCUGACACGAACACCUCUGCUUAUCUAGUAUCAGUCUUUUGGCUCCUGAGCAAACCCUCUUCAGAUUUAGUUCCACUCGGGCAAUACCCGGAGGACUACUUUUGCCAGAUGGCUCCUCAAAAAAGGAUAAGAGAUUUUCAAGCAGAACUGUCCUUUUUUAGUGAGUCCAUCAAUGACAGAAACAAGGGGCUAAAAGUGCCUUACAAAUACAUGUGCCCUGAGAACAUAAGCAACAGUGUCAGCAUUUGACACAUUUGAGUGGUGUGACUGUACUUAAUAUAAACCAAAUUUAGAAUCAUUUUUAUAUUCAAAUGUUGUAUAUUUACUUGCUAUAUAAUGUAAUAUUCAGAUAAACACACAUUUUUAAAACUUUGUAUUCUAUGUAAUUGUCUCAUUUGUCAAUAUUGAUUUGAACAUCUAAAAUUACAAAUGAUUCAAGAUUUACAUUUUAAUAAAAAAUAUAUAUAUA